UGACCAUUGACUGAUUCAGCUUCAGUGUUUAAAACCUCAAGAACAUUACACUGAAGAUAGGGAGAGACACAUCUGACAUCUGCAUUGCGUCUGAGAAAGCCAAAGGAGGCAAAAAAAAUCACAGCUAUAAUUCUACACCAGAAAUUGAAACCACGGCUCUUACCAAUUAAAUCCAUAAUGUAGAUAAAAAGCCAUUAACAUCUUUAAACAUCCAAGCCAUCUCAGAAACACUCCCAUUGUCCCUAAAUGUUUAACCCACAAUCGUAGUUACAUUUCAAAUAAAUGUUUAUAUUUGGUUAUCUUUUUUUGAACGGCAUAUUCGGUUAUCUUUAGUUUGAGUUUAACUGAUAGCUUUGGCAGAACUAUUAUCACUAUUAUCAUUAUAUUUACAUUUUUUAUAAGAAAUAAUUGUUUAUAUUUGGCUAUACUUGGUGUACUACAUUAUAUAAAAUUUAUGUACAAUUAAUUCUUUAUUUAUACUAUUUGUUGGGAAUUGUUUUUGAGAAUAAAUCUUAACUGAAUCUUAGCUAAUGUGCUAUAUAUAAAAAUGGUUUCAGUUUAAAGAUAUUCUUCUUUAGCUGAAUCACGCAAUUAGAACGAAAUGACUUGUGUUCGAUGUGCUCUUUAAGAAAAAAAGGAGAGGUGCAUCGUUUUCAGAAACUUGUUUCGCCAUGCCACAUGUAUAUAAAUCGUACCAACAAAUAGUUCGGCCAAUCUUGAUGGCCUUGGUUUCAUUCCAAUGUGCUUCCAUCAUUUUGCUUUCCACUCGAGAUGCUUUUUUCCCACUAAUUUUAUAUAUCACCCGGAAAUAUAUUUCAAUACUUUUCUAAUAGCUAUAUCAAUUUUGAACCAGAUUUCACACUAACAACAAAAUCAAUAAAAUUUUGCGGUUUGUUCCUAGUAAAGAUGUCUAUAGUGGUCAAUAUAAAAUAGAGAUAAACAAUAGGUGAAGCUUGAUUACACCAAAAAAGAAGAAAAAUAGAUGAAGCUUGAUCCCGAGCAAUUUGAAAUACUUUUUUUUUUCUCAAAUCAUGUUUUUAAGGAUUUUCAUUUUGUCCUAAGUUUUAAUCACACCUCCGAGAAGUUGAUUACGGUUGAUCCACAUGGCACAAGUGAAAUAUUGACAUUAUAUUACGACAAUGAUUAUUCACGUCCACAUUCUCUACCCUACUAAUGGAAUGAUUGAUUUGGAAGCAAAAAUUUUAGGAAAAAACUAUUUCUUAUCUUUGUAUACGGGAUCCAUUUCCAAAAGAAAGAUAUCAGUCUCAGGUAUGGAAACAAUUAACGAGGUAUGGAUUAUUAGUAUUACAUACAAAAACUUGGUUUAUUAUCUGAGCUCUGAACAAGAUUACCAUAAAUCACACGAAGAAACAUGGAGGAAGUUAACUAAAUCCAUGAACUUUUAUGUCUUUCAAUAAUAUGAUUAGAAAUUGCGGUCUGAUUGACUUUGUAGCCUUAGGCAAUAUGUUGUCAUGGCAAUAAAGAAAAGGGAAACAAAUGAUAUGAUGUAUAUUGGAUAGGACAUUGGCAAACAAGGAAUGACAUACUUUAUUUCCCUGUUCAUUUACAUAAUAUUUAGGAAUAGUGGACUCUGAUCAUCAACCUAUAGUGGCAGUCAUUAAGGACAAGGUUCCAAAGAAGAGAGGACAAUUCUGAUUUGAUGAAAGGUUGAUAGGCCACGAGGGCUUAAUUGAAUCGAUAACCCGCGGAUAGGAAAUAUUGUAGGGACAGUCCAAUCAAGACUCGGCAAGAUUGACUAACUGUAGACAUGAAAUUGCUCGAUGAGGAAAGGAUAAUCCACCAUAUGAGAAAUAAAAGAUAAGUGAACUCCAUCGUGCUCUAGAAGAGGUCCAAAAUGACGACAAUAUAACUCAAGAAAAAAUAGUGGAAUUUUCAAGUAAGUUACAAGAGGCAUACAAAAAUGAGAAAGAUUACUGGCAACAAAAGAGUAGAAAAAUGUGACAUUCAGUUGGGAUGCAAACACAAAGUUCUGCUUUGUUUUCACUAAAAAGAGGCGGUCUAGGAAUGGAAUUAUUUGUUUACAUAAUGAAGGAUGACAAUGGAUAACAGAUGAAUCAGGGGUGGAAAAUGUGGUAGUGUAUUAUUUUGAAGAUCUCUUACAUCUACCUCACCCAUCGACUUUGAUAGUUUCUUACAAGAUAUCCCGGUUAGUAUAAAUCAUCAGAUGAAUAGGCGUCUAAUAGCUGCAGGUACAAAGAGGAAGUUCGACUAGAAUUAUCUAUGAUGUACUCGGAAAAGGCUCAGAGACUGGAUGGAAUGACAACCUUCUUCUUUCAACAUGCUUGGCAGAUAAUUAAAGAUGACAUACACAACUUAGUGAAUACCUUUUUGCAGACAAGGAAGCUGGAUACCCUGUUGAAUAUAACAAUUAUUUGUUUGAUUCCAAAGAUGGAAAGACUUACAAGGAUGACAUAGCUAGGAUUAAUAAGCCUUUGUAAUUUUGGAUACAAGAUUACCUCUAAUGUGUUGUACCAUAGUCUGAAGAGCUGUCUGUCAAAACUAGUUUAAGAGACCCAGUCAUCUUUUGUAGCAGGACGUUUAAUUUCAGAUAAUAUUUUGAUAGCACAUGAAAUGUUUUAUGGAAUGCUGACAAACAGAUCAUGUCAGUACAAAUUUAUGGCAAUCAAAACAGAUAUGAGUAAAGCAUAUGAUAGAGUGGAGUGGGAAUUUAUUCAAGUUCUUCUGACGAAAAUGGAGUUUGAUUGUCAAUGGAUCAUGUGGAUGAUAGAGUGCAUCACAUCAGUGCAAUACAUGAUACUGCUAAAUGGACAACUACGAGUCCAUAUAGCUCCUCAUAUGGGACUGCGAUAAGGAUAUACACUCUCACCAUAUCUUUUUAUCAAAUGUACGGAAGCGUUGAUUGCAAAUAUAAAGAAAGCAGAACAAGAUAAAUAGUUAACAUGAUUAAAGGUAGCAAGAGCGAGUCCGGUGAUUUCUCAUCUUCUAUUUGAAGAUGAUAGUAUCUUCUUUUGCAAGCGCAGAAAGAAGAGUGCCAAACAAUUUUGCAAAUCCUAAAGGAUUAUGGAAAAAUGUCGGAUCAUAAUUUUUGCCAAAUCAUAUCUGCAAUUUCGUCAUAGGAUUUAGGAGGCAACUAGAAAAGAAAUGCAGGACAUUUUAGGUAUCCAUAAUUUAGGAGGUAUGAGAUCUUAUUUGGGAAUUCCCAAAUGUUAGGAGGCUCAAAGACACAUAUUUUUGGGUUUUUUCAGGAUCGAAUGCAUACUAAGUGAAUGGCUGGAUAGUUAAAUAUCUUACAAAAGGUGGAAAUGAGGUUCUAAUAAAAGCAGUGGCAACAUCAAUGCCGAAUCAUGUCUUGUCUUGUUUCAGAUUACCAAAUACAUUCACGUCUAAGCUGACAAGCAUUGUACAUAUCUCAGUUCUGUUGAAAUUCUAGAGGAAAUGCAAGGGGUGUGUAUUGGAUUGUCUGGGGAAAGUUAUGCUAGCCAAAAGAAGAUAGAGGUCUAGGUUUUAAGUAUAUUAAGGAUUUUGAUACGGUAAUGCUAAAAUAGCAAUUAUGGCGUCUAAUUGAAAAGCUAAGCUUCUUAUUUGCAAAUUUUUUUUAAAGGUCGGUAUUUCAGAAAUACAAACCUUCUAAAACCAAUAAGAUCAUACUCGAAAUCAUACAGAAGACAUAGUAUUGUAAAUGCUAGAUAUCUAGUUAGCAAAUGACUAAUAAAAAGGAUAAAAAAUAAGCAUCUAUUUCGGUAUGAAAUAAACUUUGAAUCCUCAUCUAAUCUCCCGAGAUCAGCAAAUAAAAAUUCACAUAUUUUUGAUCAUGCACUUAGGGUAGGCAAGAUCAUUAACCCUAGUACGUGGAAUAUGCAUGUAAUAAAAACACCGGUGACAGAAGACGUAUCUCUUAUCAAAAAUAUACGAUUAAGUAUAUUAAAGUCUAUACUUUUUUUUUUGGAGUCUUUUUGUAUAGAGGGAAAGAGCGAUUCAGUUAAGAGUUUCGUGAGAAAUAAUUUAAAACAAACUUUGUCGAGAUAUGGUGGUUAACUUUUUGAAUGGACGGAGAUUGUUGUAGACUUCUUAAAAAUGGCUCCCACUGAUAAACUUAAGAAUGACGUUAAUUUUUUUUUUAUAUAUAGCUGUUUUAAGAAAUAGAAGAAAAUUUGAAUAGAGUAGAGGAAAAUAAGAUCUGCCCAUAUGAUCUAACCUACCCAAGUUAUCAACUGAGCCGGAAAGUCCCCAAAACUUAUCUUUCUGGCUGUGUUGGGCAUAUGCGUCCCAAAUAAUCUUAACAAGUUCACUUUAAAUUUCUCUUUCUCAUCUUCCAGAAGAUUUCUCUUUUUAGUAUUGAUGAAAAUAAUUUAUCUGUCUGGUUGGACUUGAACUUUAGAUACAUGUAACUAAACUUUAGAUACAUGUAACUGAUUAAGUCUAACAGAUUGACCACCUUAAAAACAACAUAUUUUUGGAUUGAAAAGAAAACUAAUUAAAAAAAAACUAGUUGUACAUGAAGACUAUUAAAUUGUGAACGUGUGGUUGUAUUAAUAACCGUGUGGAUUAUCUUGUCAAAAGGGCAAAAAAACGCAUAUAUUUUUAAUUUAGAUCCGUCUAUUCUCAGUUGGCUUUCCAUAAUAAGAGUUUCUUUCCGAAUGCGUGGUUGAAUUUAUCAUUUCUUACCUAACUAAAAUAAAAACGAAAACGUGGUCAGUUUAUCAUUUCUUACCCAACAAAUUCGUUUAACUUCAUCCAUGAUUUCUUCCGAGUUAGUGACUCUCGUUCACGUUUUGAUUUGUAAUAGUGACUAAAUAUAAAAAAAAAUAAAAAGGUGAAAGUAUUCAAUAUUCAUUUGUUUGGGUAUAGUUUUUCAUUACAGUAACGUCGUUCAGGAAAUCAAUUAAAAACUAUGUUUGUCACGGAUCUUUCGUUUUCAGCUCACCAUAUUUCAGAAAUCAAAUAUUACAAUAUAUAUAUAAAAUAUAUAUAUAUAUAUAUAUAUAUAUAUAUAUAUAUACUCUAUUUUCUGUUGUAAGAGAAAGGAAUAGAAACACACAAAAGAAAACACAUUCACUGUUUUAUCAACGUUGGCACCACGAGCAUCCCCUCCACCUCUUAUAAGCGUUGGGUCCAUUUGGACACGUUCCACUUGGAGCAGUACUUCACAUAACUAGUCCUUUUACCAUGUCUAAUAGUUUUUUUUAAAGGCUUACCAUGUCUAAUAGUUUUAAGAGACAAAAAAGUUAAUUUUAAUUAGUUUAUUAUUGAGGCAAAUUAAAUAGUUCAAAUACAAUAUAGAUUAAAGAGAACAUAAAUAUUAAUAUAAAUUUAAAUAUAGCAUCAUUGAUUGUUCCUGUUAAUUUAGGUCAAGAUAGAAACCUUAAACUGGAAUUAUAGCUCUUACAGAUAUAACCGUGCUACAGUACGUAUGUACAACAAAACAUGCACGCCACCAAGUUAUAUAAAUGUGGAAACGAAUCUUUAAAGGAUAUUUACCACUUUUACACAUAUCAGGAAAAUGCCGAAAGUGAAGAAGAUAGGGACUUUUAACUUGUCAUUUUUAAAUGGUUUGAAUAACAUAAUAAUUUUUUUGACUAAGGGCUUUCAAAUAUAACAUCAUAAUGACGUUUGUAUAUCAUAGAAAUUUAAAAUUUAUUUUUAUAAAUUCAAAUUUUACACAUAAAAUUAAAUAAAAAUUUAAAAUAAGAUUUAUAAUAUUUUAAAACUAGAAUUAGACAACAAGAAUAUUACAAGAGAAACUUAAUAGAAAAACUUUUUAAGAAGAUACAUGAAGACAUGAUUAUUUCACAAAUUUAAAUAUUACAACAAUACUAAUAGUCUAGUAAUUUGCUCCGGAACCUCUAAAUUGUCCAAACAAAUUUUGUGUACCGAAAAUAGAGCAUUACAGAGGUAAUUUUAUAGAAUAAUGUGAUAUUUUGUUUGUAUUUUAAUAUUUAAUUAUGUAUUUCUCUUUAUAAUUUUAUAUUCUAAUGUAAUAAUUAAUUAAUUAAUUAAUAUUACUGCAAUAUUUUUAUAUAUGUGCUUGUUAUUUAUAAUUUAUUUAUGAAUUUAUAUUAAUUAUGAAAAAUAUAAAAAUUAUAGUAUACAUUUCAAAUAAUUUUAAAGUUAAUUUUAAAGUUUUGCUUUUGAAAAAGAACACUACGAAAAUUUAAAUAUAGAGUUUGAAAACUCUAAAAUAGAAAUUUUUUUAGAGAUGUUCUAAGAGCUAUAUAUAUUGCUUUUAACAUAAACUAACCACACAAUCGUAGUUGAGUGGUACGGCAGGUUUCAAAAGGUGUUAAGAACUCCCGGUUUAAAAUAUACCAAACUCAAAUUUAUUCUUUUGUAUGGCUUGAUGACAUGAAUAUUUAAUUUUUUAGGAGAUUAGUCGGUUGGGCUUCGGUCCGCUGGACAACCGCAAACUAUCUCAAAAAAAUAUUUUCAUAAACUUUUUUUUGUAACUUUUCAUAAAGCUUUUUGCACAUGUUAAAUGCAAUUUUAAAGCACUUAUAUGACAACAUGUGCACAAUAUUUUCUGAUUGUUUUUGUUUGAGUUCUUUUCAAUUUGUUCUUUCCUACUUCUUCAUUAAGGUCAAAAUCUUAAGUUAGCUAGGAAAUAUUAUAUUUCGUUUUUACCGAAAAAAAUAUUAUAUUUCGUAAAUAUCUAAUUCUCGUACCAAACAGAAUACUUGGGACCCGCGAACACUGUUGAAGUUUAUGAUCGUCAUUUUCCACUAAGUGGCGACCAAAAGUCAUGACUCAUGUGUGUGACAGUGUGAGUGCGUCUAUAUAUACAAAGAAAGACACAUAUCAAUACUCCAAGCUACUAGAACAUUUAACCUAAGAAAAAACUAACAAAAAAAGAGAGGAGAAAAAAGACUCCCCAUGGUUCACGCUGGUGGUCAUAAUUCACCGGCCGGGUCGAAUCCAAACCCAACCCAUAUGAACAAAUUCGCUUUCGGGUGUGCUGUCGUUGCUUCCAUCAUUUCAAUCAUCUUCGGAUAUGAUACGGGAGUUAUGAGCGGAGCACGGAUAUUUAUACAAGAUGAUCUGAAAAUAAACGAUGAUCAGGUAGAAGUUUUGAUGGGCAUCCUGAAUCUUUGUGCUCUCGUUGGAUCUUUAACGGCGGGAAAAACAUCUGACGUCAUCGGUCGGCGUUACACCAUUGCUCUCUCCUCCGUGAUAUUCUUAGUUGGAUCGGUUGUUAUGGGUUACGGUCCAAACUACGCCGUUUUAAUGGUAGGAAGAUGUAUAGCUGGAGUGGGUGUAGGGUUUGCUCUAAUGAUAGCUCCGGUCUACUCCGCCGAGAUAGCCUCUGCUUCACACAGAGGCUUUCUCACUUCGCUCCCCGAGCUUUGUAUUAGUCUAGGGAUCUUACUAGGCUAUGUUUCGAACUACUUCUUCGGGAAAUUGACGUUGAAACUCGGCUGGAGAUUGAUGCUUGGACUCGCAGCGAUUCCUUCAAUGAUAUUAGCGUUUGGGAUUUUGAAAAUGCCUGAAUCUCCGAGGUGGCUUGUGAUGCAAGGUAGGUUAGAAGAGGCCAAGAAAAUCAUGGUUUUGAUAUCCAACACCGAAGAAGAAGCUGAAGAACGCUUCAGGGACAUUUUAGCCGCUGCAGAGAUAGAGGAAGAUGGAGCGGUUAAAGCGGUUGGCCGCGGUGUAUGGAGAGAGCUGGUGAUAAACCCUACACCCGCGGUGCGUUUGAUCUUGAUCGCGGCCGUGGGGAUCCAUUUUUUCGAGCACGCGACUGGGAUCGAAGCCGUCGUUUUGUACAGCCCAAAGAUCUUCGAGAAAGCUGGAGUGACUUCAAAAGACAAGCUCUUACUAGCCACGGUCGGUGUAGGUUUAACCAAGGCUGUUUUUAUAGUAAUAGCUACUUUCUUGCUGGACAAGGUAGGUCGGAGAAAGCUUUUGUUGACGAGUACAGGCGGUAUGGUCUUUGCGUCGACCAGUUUAGCGAUUGGUCUCACGAUAGUUCACCGUUUCGGGCGGUUAGUGUGGGCCUUGAGGUUGAGCAUCGUCUCUGCGUACACGUUUGUAGCGUUUUUCUCGAUCGGGCUUGGGCCUAUAACGUGGGUGUACAGCUCUGAGAUAUUCCCGCUGAGACUUAGGGCUCAGGGAGCGAGCAUAGGCGUUGCGGUUAAUAGGAUCAUGAACGCAGCGGUCUCUAUGAGUUUUCUGUCAAUAAUGAAGACGAUCACGAUGGGAGGUGUGUUCUUUAUGUUCGCUGGAAUCGCGGUUGUAGCGUGGUGGUUCUUCUUCUUUAUGUUGCCGGAGACCAAAGGAUUGCCAUUGGAAGAGAUUGAGAAACUUUUUGGUGGUGGAGAUGCUCGUGGUGCUCGCGACGGAGUGGAGAUUCAAGCAAAGAGAGUCAAUAAUAAGAUUUGAUUAUCAUUGUAGUAGUAGUAGAGUGAUUUGGGCCAUUUGGCUUAUAUUUUCUUUGUCAACGUAAUUUGGCAUAUCUAUACUAUAUAUACGGUGUGAUUGUGUAUGCAGAUAAAUCGCUCAAGACUAUCUAUAAUCUAUAUUGGAUCAUGA